AUGGCGAGACACCCUGAUGUUGUGUCAUGGGAUGUGGAGCUGUCCCCAGAGGGCGUAGCUCACCUCCAGAGCGUUGGCGCGAUAGCCCUCCUGCGGUGCAGAGACAAUGACCGCAAGCAUGUGCAGCCUGUUGGCCUCGCGCAAUAUGCCCUCCGUGGAGACGAUGUUGACGUGGGGGAAGCAUCAGAGGCCCGUCUAGCGCGUGCUCCCCCCGCAGACCCCAAGAGGGGAGGUGGGGUAACUCCAGAUGGCCUUGGAUGCUCUAUGGUGUCGGAUCUCACCGAAUCAAUGGUCGAUGGCGCCGUCUUCGAGGCCAAGCUCACCGUGGCUGGGACGCGCUUGCUUCCCUUGACUAAGCGCCGGUUGUCCCCGCCACGUCAAAGGCACCCGGCCGGGUGGCAUCAAUGUCAUCUUCAUCCCAAUCGACAAGCUCCACUUCAAAAGCUUCGUCCAAAUUCUGCGAGGGUGCGAAGUGAAGCGCAGGCCAGGAAGGCAUCGCUCGCCGAGUCUGUGCUAGCAGCCAUCUCCGAGCUCAUGUCGUCAGCGGCAUCAGCCGUCGAUGCUGAGCACGAGAACUUCUUGGAUGUUGGCAGCCACCUCCACCAUGGAGCCCUGCCCGCAACGGAGGUGCAGAAGCAGGCGCAGGGUUCCCCAACCAACACGCUGCAUGUAAUGGAGUAUCUGGCUGCCAAUGUUGACCUCGCCAAGGACCUCAUCACGAGGUGCAGCGCGAUCGCGCAGCAGCUCAUGGACGACGACCUCCUGGGCAUAACCGAGGACCUGGACAAGGUCAUAACGAAUAUAAGCAGUGAGCUCAACAAUAUACAAGCAUCGACGUUCGAGAGCAGCAGGUUUGCAGAACCAGCGGUCAGUGGGCACCUUCAGGUUGUCAGGAACCGGCAUGGCUACUCGGAGGGAGAUGUGCCAAUGGCUGUGGCAGUUGAGAGGCCUAGGAGAAGAACACUGCACAACAGUGACAUGCCGAGGCUGGUGGACUUCCUGCAGGGAAUGUACCAGGAGUCACAUGAGCUUGGUGGUCAGACAUUCAGUUCACUCCCUGAAGUCGCGGAAUAUGUGGAACCAUUGUAUGAUUCCUUCUUCUGUCCUCUCACAAACAAGGUUAUGGUUGAUCCAGUGACAGCGGAGAGUGGUGUGACUUAUGACAGGAAAGCUAUAGAGGAUUACUUUGACAAGUUUACAGAUGGCUCUGAACCUGUGAUAUGUCCUGUUACAAAGAUGGCAAUGCAGAGCAAGACACUGAGGAGUAAUCUUCCGCUGAAGAGCACAAUUGCAGAAUGGGUUACAAGGAAUGAAGCGACGCGGGUCAGGAUCGCACGUACCGCACUCUCUAUGGCAAACACGGAGGCUAUGGUGCUUGAGGCGAUACAUGAGCUGAAGGUGCUGGCUAGGCUGAGGAGAAAGAACAGGGAUCAGAUGCACAAGAUUGGCAUCACCAAGUUCCUACCACGUCUUCUGGGCCACAAGGAUGCAUUUAUUCGGUGUGACUCCCUCGACCUUCUCUGCCUGUUGGUUGAGGAUGAUGCAGGAAAGGAAAUCAUAGCGAAAACCAGAGCCAUCUCAAGGACAAUAAAGCUGCUAUCCAGCAGUAGUACUGAUGAAAGGCAUGCAGCUAUAUCUUUCUUGGUAGAGCUUUCGAAAUCAGAGUUACUGUUGGAGAACAUUGGAUCAACUGCUGGGAGCAUACUGAUCCUCACCACGAUGAAGUUUAAUAGCUCCUCUGAUCCUAUUGCCGCCGAGAAGGCUGGAGAAGUCCUGGAGAACCUGGAGAAAUGUCCAAAGAAUAUCAAGUACAUGGCUGAAAGUGGCUACCUGGAUCCUCUGCAAAGGCACCUAGUUGAAGGAUCAGAAGAUGUUCAGAUGGAGAUGGUGAGCUACCUCGGCGAGCUGGUCCAGAAGCAGGAGAUGACCAUCAACAUCGCUGGGAGCGCUUCAGAGAUCCUCGUCAAGAUGGUGUGCAGUGGCAAUACAGCAAUUCGAAAGGCGGCCCUCGACGUCCUGGUUCAAAUCUCGUCCCACCACCCCAACGCCAAGACACUUGUGGACGCAGGUGCCGUCCCUGUCAUGGUGCAGGAGCUCUUCAUCCGAAAGAUUGACGAUGAGCCCAUGGGCUCUAAGACAGAGGCUGCCGCUGUGCUCGCCAACAUCGUCGAGUCUGGCUUGGAUCCAGAGGCCAUCACUGUCAAUAAGGAAGGCCACGUCAUCACGUCCAAGUACUCGGUAUACAACUUCGCUCACAUGCUCAAGUGCUCCAUGCCUGACACCCUCAACCUAAGCAUUGUGCGCGUGCUGCUCGCGCUAACCGCCCUCCCCAAGCCUCUUGCCACGGUGGUCUCGGUCAUGAAGGAGCAGGACAGCUGCCAGACUGUGAUUGAGCUCAUGGGCUCGCUGACAGAGUCACUUGUCAUCGCCGCAAUGAAGCUGCUUAUUGCCUUGUCCCCGAAGAUGGGGCACACCAUUGCCGAGAAGCUCUGCAAAGCCCCAGGGCAGCCAGGGAAGCUUGUCAAGUGCAUCGGCCUGCAUGGGCGGAUCAUGGAACGGCACGCCAUGUCCGCUGCGCUCCUGGCAAAGCAGCCGUACCAGCACAUGGCUCUGAACCUCGCGUUGAUCAACGAGGGCGCCGUGGUGACCGUGCUAGCCAAGAUCGAGGAGAUGCAGCGCGGCGAGACACGGGCAAGCCGCCAUGCCAAGGCGUAUAUGGAGGGCCUCGUGGGUGUGCUGGUCCGGCUAACGACGACGCUGUAUGACCCAGACGUGCUCCUGGCGGCCAUGGAUCACAACCUCACAUCGGUGCUCGCAGAUCUCGUGCGGUCCGCGGGCAGCGACGAGGUUCAGCGGCUCGCCGCGGUGGGUCUCGAGAACCUGAGCAGCCAGUCGCCCAACCUCUCUCAGCCCCCGACCGAGGAGCGGCGCCCGAAAAAGAAGAACAUCCUCCGGCGCCUGCGCGAGGCGCACGCGGGGCGGGUGCACGACAACAACCGGAGGCCACCGGCACACAGUGGCCGGGUCUGCCCGGUGCACCGCGGCGUGUGUUCCCCGUCCACCACGUUCUGUCUGGUGGAGGCCGGCGCCGUGGAAGGCCUCCUGUGCGUCCUGGAGAGCAGCGAGAACGGGCGCGUGGUAGAGGCCGCGCUCGGCGCGCUGUGCACGCUCAUGGACGACGACGUGGACGUGACGAGCGGCGUGGCCGUGCUCGCGGAGCACGACGCGGCGCGGCACGUGCUUCGUGCGCUGCGGCAGCGCCGCGACGACGGGCGGAGAGGGGCCGGGGCCGGGGCCGGCGCUGGCGGAGGCGAGACGGUGACGCGGAGGUGUUUCUGGGCGGUGGAGAGGUUCCUGGCUCACGGCAGUGAGCGGUGCGUGAGGGAGGUCACCAGCGACCGGGCGCUGCCGAGCCUGCUGGUGAGCGCCUUCCACACGGGCGACGCCGCCACCAAGCAGGUGGCCGAGAGCCUGCUCCGGUGCCUGCACCGCAUGCCGGAUUACUCCGCGACCUACGAAUCCGUUGAACUGUAA